AUGGGGCGAGGCGGCGCGACUUCUCCCCGGCUGCCCGUGCAGGCAGGUGUGCGCCGCAGGGAGUCGAUCGAUCGGCGACCCUGGGCCGGCUGCCGGAAGACACCCCCUGAGGGCCAUUUGACCGACGCCCAGGAGCAGGAGCAGGGCGGGAAAGCGCGCGGGCCGGCGGCCAGGAGGCGGGGACCAAAAAGGGCGACAGCCUCCCCGUCGGGGAAUCGAACCCCGGUCUCCCGCGUGACAGGCGGGGAUACUCACCACUAUACUAACGAGGACGGCAAUGGCCCCUUUGGGCCCACGACGCUUGCCGGCUGCCCGCCCGACCCUUUCCCUCGCCGCCGCCGCCGACCCACGCCCAGACACGCCCACCAACCAGCCUCCCACCGGGACCCGGACAUCGCCACGACCCCCACCCCCCACCACCACCACCCAGGCGGCUCCGGACCACAUGCGGUUGGAGGCUGGCGGCAAGCGGCUGAGCCGGCGCGGCCGGGCUGGGUCGCGGGUGGGGGCGAGACGGCGUCGGCGGCGGAGACAGCGGGUUUUGCCGCCGUGGCUCCCCCUCGGCCCGCGCGCGGCCGCUCCACCAGGCACCGCGACGGCCACUUAGGAGGCACGGCGAACGCCCAAGGCCACGAGUGUUGGCGCCUGAUCCCAGCCAGCCGAGCGGCGACGCGCCGGGUCUCGCCUCCCGUCCUGGAGGGCGAGCCUCCAGACCCUCGCCGCUCGCUUCUCAGACCCACCCACCCGUCCCUCACACCCGCCGGCGAAGCACAAACAGCCCAGCGCAACGCUGCUCAAGUGCUCUCAGUGCCCAUCCCUGCUGCACCCUUUGCCUACGUCCUGUCCAUGCCAAUACCGCCGUCACCUGCCUUCCCCGCCCACCCUAACGUCCCUUCGGACCCCCACCGUCUCCUACGAUUGCCCGUGCCGCUCUCUCGUCCCUCCCCGCGCGUUCUCACCUUGGGUUCUUUGCCUCCCAACAGCCGCCGGCCGGUGCUGGUUCAGCCCCGCCCACGAACCCUUAGAUCCCCGACACCCGCCCACCAACGUCGGCCCCCACCCAACCCGAGCCAACAGCACCAGCGCGCUGCCGUGCCGCGACAGCCCGUUGUGCCCGUGCCGGCCCCCACCCUGCCAAGCUGCUCCUCACCUGGCAGCCCGGGGCCCCUGGCGAGUGCCGUCGGCCAGAAGGUGGAAGUGAGCCUCACGCGGAUUGGUCGUCAUACCGGACGUCCCUCGGCUGGCGGGCGGGAGUCCGAGGCGCGGCACCCGUCCGCCUUCUCCGGGGAAGGGGGCUACGGGAGGGGGACGCUGCACCGGGCCCUUCGGCUCACGGCGCUCCGGGCGCCCGCCUGGCCUGGUCCGGCCGCUGCCUUCCUCCGCGGGACCCCAGCGUUCUCGCGGCCCCGGGCCUCAGGGAGAGCGCAGGCCCGUGCGAGACUGCCUGUCUCUCGCCGCGCCUCGACGUGUCUGGCGCCUCUCGCCCGGGUCGCCCACCCGCUCCCUGGCCGCCGGCACGCGCCGCCUGGCGCGCUCCGGGAGUGCCGGAUGCCCGCUGCAGGCAGCGACUGGUGUCGGGCGGCUGGUGGCGAGCGGGCGCUGGGGCCAAGCGUGGCGAGCCCGGGCAGCGGCGCAUGGAUCCUUCCCCACACCACCCGCUCCGCUCCCGCCAGCCCCCCAAUCCCCGCGCCCCUCUCGCCCUACAGACCCAACAGGGGCCCCGUCCAGCACUUCUCCGGCUCGGCCACCCCUCCACCCGGCACCUCCCCCUGGAUCUUCAGCCAGCGCUCACUAGCAAGCAGCCAUCUCCUGGCAGGUCACCGGCUCGCACCAUUGCCUGCUUCGAACUCACACCUUAGCCUGAUGGCCUUGGGCGGCAACACCUCAAGCUCGCCCGGUGGGUCGACAGCGCCUUUGGUCUUGCUUGCGCCAGAGCCCUUCCUUCCCGGUUGUAAGCCCCGCCCCUCCCGUCUUCCUGCACCCGCCCCCGCCCCCCACCACCGCCCCCCCACCAUCUCCACGCUCCCACCCGCUACGGCCAGCUUCUCGGAUAUGCCUUGCUCUGACAACGCACAUCCACCCCACCUCCUGACCACCCUCCCCAUCCUCAGAAACGACCCGUCUCCCGCUCUUUCCCGUCUGGGCUCCACCACGGCCCAUGGCACCUGCGCCUGCCACGGCGACCCAUCGUCCUGA